AUGUCGGCGUCGGAGUCAUCUCAGGAAUUCAUCGAGCACGUGCUGAAGAUACCUAACCCCGACAGGGUGCUGAACUCGGUGCUCGGGCGCUUGGAGAGGAACCGCCAGUACGCGCCAGUGAGGUCCAGCCAGUACGAAGAAGAAGAGGACUGCGAAGACCCUUCAGUGGUCUUACCUGAGUACACGGAGACGUUGCAAGGUUCACGGGAACGUGGUCUAAGGCAACUCGGCGUUCAGAAACAUUAUCCCAUAUGCCACCUCGAGAGGAAGAUUCGGAGGCUGAACACCGAUGACUACGAAUACCGGCCAGCUUACUACGAGGAGGUGCGUUGCACAGCAGCACCGGCCGACGACUCCACUUUAGGCAACGAGAUAUGCUCAAGUCUUGGAUUUUCUUGUGUCCAAUGGAACAAAACAAUUCAUCUGACGCGCCGGCGAUAUUCCAGUGAUUGUUGGGAGACGAAGACCUUAGUGAUACCCGCAGGAUGCGAGUGCAUGUGGCCUGUUCAUCGUCUUGGUGACAUCACCCUACACGUU